GGCGCCAUGCCUUGCCAUUCCCCAGCUGGACCCACACAGUUUCCCAGCGACAGGCACAUAAAAUAAUGAGCAGAUCCUAAACACUAACUUUAUCUGUCCGAUUUGGAAACAUUCACAGCGACGUGUGUCCUCUUUGAACCCCUAAACCAUGGAGCAGACUGCGCCUAAAAGCAAGCUGAAAAAGCUCAGUGAAGACAGUCUGACCAAACAACCGGAGGAGGUGUUUGAUGUCUUGGAGAAACUUGGUGAAGGCUCCUAUGGGAGUGUGUAUAAGGCCAUACACAAGGAGUCGGGCCAGGUGGUGGCCAUCAAGCAAGUCCCUGUGGAGUCGGACCUGCAGGAGAUCAUUAAGGAGAUCUCCAUAAUGCAACAGUGUGACAGUCCAUAUGUGGUGAAGUAUUAUGGAAGUUACUUUAAGAACACAGACCUGUGGAUCGUCAUGGAAUACUGUGGAGCAGGCUCUGUGUCUGACAUCAUCAGGCUGCGCAACAAAACGCUAACGGAGGACGAGAUCGCCACCAUCCUGAAGUCCACCCUGAAGGGGCUGGAGUACCUGCACUUCAUGAGGAAGAUCCACCGGGACAUCAAGGCCGGCAACAUCCUGCUCAACACCGAGGGGCACGCCAAGCUGGCCGACUUCGGGGUCGCCGGACAGCUCACGGACACCAUGGCUAAGCGCAACACCGUGAUCGGGACCCCGUUCUGGAUGGCUCCGGAGGUCAUCCAGGAGAUCGGCUACAACUGCGUGGCGGACAUCUGGUCCCUGGGCAUCACGUCCAUCGAGAUGGCGGAGGGCAAGCCCCCGUACGCAGACAUCCACCCCAUGAGGGCCAUCUUCAUGAUCCCCACCAACCCGCCCCCGACCUUCAGGAAGCCGGAGCUCUGGACGGACGACUUCACAGACUUUGUGAAGAAGUGCCUGGUGAAGAACCCGGAGCAGAGGGCCACCGCCACGCAGCUGCUGCAGCAUGCUUUCAUCAGCCAGGCCAAGCCGGUGGGCAUCCUGAGAGACCUGAUCACCGAAGCCAUGGAGAUGAAGGCCAAGAGGCAGCAGGAGCAGCAGAGAGAGCUGGAAGAGGAGGAGGACAACUCGGACGAGGAGACGGAGGUGGACUCCCACACCAUGGUGAAGUCCGGCCCCGAGGGGCCCGGCACCAUGAGGGCCACGGGCACCAUGAGCGACGGGGCCCAGACCAUGAUCGAACACGGCAGCACCAUGUGCGAGCUGGACCUGGGCACCAUGGUCAUCAACAGUGACGAAGAGGAGGAGGAGGAGGAGGACCAGAGGUCCAUGAGGAGGCACCCCACGUCCACGCAGCCCAUGCGGCCGUCCUUCAUGGACUACUUUGACAAGCAGGACUCCAACAAGGCGGCGCAGCAGCAGGAGAAGUACAACCACAACCAGCCGCAGGAGCAGCCCGCCUACCACAUCCAGGCCAAGAGCGUCUUCCCCGACAACUGGAAGGUGCCCCAGGACGGCGACUUCGACUUUGGCCCUCAGUUGAAGAACCUGGAGUUUGAUGAGCUGCAGAUGCGUCUGACGGCGCUCGACCCCAUGAUGGAGCGGGAGAUCGAGGAGCUGCGCCAGCGUUACACCGCCAAGCGCCAGCCCAUCCUGGACGCCAUGGACGCCAAGAAGCGGCGGCAGCAGAACUUCUGAGCGACUCUCAUCCCCACCCUCCCCCUUCGCGGUCCGACCUUUGGUAGCCUGUACGUCCCUCCUCCUCCUCCCCCCCUCCCCCCCCCCCCCCCCCCCCCCCCCCCUCAACCCCCCCUCCAACAAUCACCCCGCUCGGACAAUCUUAUUUUGGCACGAACGGGAUCGUUUUCCCCACAGCAAGACUCUUGAGAAACAAUGGUGCGUUCGUCUCUGCGAUCGUUCUGGAUCCGCUACGGGAACGGUGGCUAGCUUGAGCUACGAUCGCUAAGUCGCAGCCCGCUGAGCUACGAUCACUAGCGCAGGGCCGCUCGAGGUACACUCCCGCCAAGGACAGAGCGGACGGUGGGCACGGCUCGAGGGGAUCGCGAGGUCGUUUGUCCCGUUCUUCUCAAUGUUACAGCCCGCACGUCACGUCACGCGUGGGCCUCGCUACUUUGCUUCUCGUGGAGUCUCUGACUUUGUGUACCGCCACCAACACUCCAGGAUAGUCGUUGUUUUAUUGUUUUAUAUCAGCUCCCACUACAGCCAGCCCAGGAUCUCGCCACUCAAUUAAAUGCUUGGAUCUUUAUUUUUAUUUUUUUGUUGUUGUUAAUCCUGGAGCCACUUAAAACAAAACCUAAUGAAGGAGAUAUAACGUGGCAGAGUCGUAACUUUAUCACUGCGUUAUUUAACUUGUGCGAGGUGGAGAAUGUUAAUAGACUAAUUGAUUGCAUUCCUCCCUUUCUGGAAACAUCAGCAGGAAGGUUAAGCGGCCAAGCUGACAAAACGACCAGGCGUCUAAUCUGCUGCUUUUUGAUGUAGAAAUAUGUAAAAGAAUUUAGUGUGUCCCUAAAACAAGCUGUGGAGCUUCGCCUAUGACCAAAGACAAUCAUGAAAAGGAUGAUGAUGAAGAAGAAUGCCUUAAAAUGUGGUUGAAAGCGGGUUUUCAACAGGAGGAAGUGAUGCGAUCUGAGUUGGAGAGAUCGGACGAUAAAGCGUCUUCGCUGGCUGGUUUUCAUAUGAUGUAAUUUAUUGGGAAAGCCGGAAUGUCGGUGGAAAUGGGUUGGAAUGAUCUGGAAGGAGGGAGAGGUCCCAGACCUCAUAGGUCUAGGUCUGGAGUGGUUCAUGGGCCAUGAUAUUUUAACAUUUCAGCUUAAUCCUUUGUGAUUUUUUUUUUUGAUUUGACAUGUGAAAUGAUAAACCACCUUCUCGUUAGCCUCAUAAUGCAUACUUUAUAAAGUGCACAUUAAGUCUCAUGUGUGAUUUUGGUUUUCCUUUCAUGCUAAACAAUCUUUUUUUUUGUGUAUACAAUUAUUUAUCUUUUUCCAUUAUUUAUUUUUCUUUGGAUGGAUCAGUAUCUCGCUGAUUUACCUUUCACAAGACAUUCACAUUCCUCCAUCAUUCUGGUCAUACUUGAUUAUUUUCUUCUACUCUUUUGAUUUAUUCAAGGGCUGUAUCAAAAUGGUGGCCUCCUCCCCUUAAACAAAGAUGCAUGUUUACCAAGCGCUCGAACCCUGAGGUCAACGCACGGGAACGUAGAUUGAGUGAACUAUGUCGGAAAACAAGUGUUGAAAAUACUCUUCGACCAUUCGACAUACAAGUGCCACUAUAAACUCGUGCUUCGUCAUGGUUUCAGUUGAUGGUUUUAAAAUGGCCUGACUAGAUUCAACUACUUUUCUGCUAAUUUUAUUUGUAUUUCUAUCUUCAAACUAAAGAUUUGGUGUAUUGCCAUUUUUAGUUUUAGCAAGAACUACAAUUGAAGCCUGAAGUGAUUUCACAGCACUUACAAAUUGCUCAAUUCAUGUCACAUCUCAGUGGGGGAAGACACAAAAACAUUUAGACAUGCAUGCCCGUUUAAUGUAAUCAUCUUUUAAGACUUUCUGCAUAUCUUUUCAUUAAGUGCUAGAUUAUUUUUGGUGUUCAUGUCAACCAAUGUUCGUUGAAUAUAGUUGACAUCUCAUCCUUUCAACACAUUCUGAAGUCUUCAACGUAUUAGCAGUUUGGAAUACUGUAUUUUAUAUUUCCAAACAGGCUUUUCUUUCUUUACUUUUUGAAGCACUAGUUAAAAAAUACUCGCUAACACAUUGGCUUUUAUUUGACAAUUUAUCAGAGGGAAUGUUUGGCCUGUUUCUUGCUAGUUUGUGACGUUGCAUGUUUCUGACGGUUUUGAUGGGGGUCAUGGUUAUGAUGUUUUUGCUUUAGAGGAAUGAUAUAGAAAGGAAGAAAGCAAGAGAGGGCCUAUGCUGGCAAGUAUGGUAGGGUAGUAUUUAUUCAAAGCUGCCUUUUGUCAGUUUUUAACAAGUGCAAACCAUUACAAUGAUUUUAGCAGUUUAAAAAUAAAGGGGUUGCAAUCCGCAAAUUCUGCAACAUUUAAUCCAAGUAUAAUUUAGACGUGUGUAUUUCACAAUAUCUUCAAUGUAGUUUGUACAUUUGGGUGGAGAGUGGAAUGUAACCAUAUGUUUGAACUUAAUUUAUAUUUUCUUUUUAUGUUUUGUCGAAAGUAAUAAAGGUAUAAAGGCA